UGGGAGGUGGUGAAGAAAUGGCGGUUUCUGCCGUCGCCGAAGAGCCCGAAGCUCCACUGCUCGGCGGCACCGUCGUCGAUGGCGUCGUAGACUACAAAGGUCGUUCGACCAGCAGAUCAAAAUCCGGCGGAUGGAGAUCCGCAUCUUUCAUCAUAGGUGUGGAAGUCACCGAGAGGUUUGCGUUCUAUGGCAUAUCGGCCAAUCUUAUAACCUAUCUGACCGGUCCGCUCGGCCAAUCAACGGCCUCGGCGGCCGAGAAUUUGAAUGCAUGGGCGGGGACGGCGGCGCUUCUGCCGCUUUUGGGAGCUUUUGUUGCCGAUUCAUUUCUGGGACGAUUUCGCACCAUUGUCAUCGCUUCUUUGCUCUACAUCUUGGGACUUGGCUUGUUGACAGUAUCUGCUUUGCUCUAUUCUCCGAGUUCUUCUGAAAGCCAAAAUACAGUAAAAGGAUCGCGAAUUUCUCCUCCCAAGGUCCAAGUCAUCUUAUUCUUCUUUGCACUAUAUCUCGUGGCAAUUGCGCAAGGGGGGCACAAGCCUUGUGUCCAGGCUUUUGGAGCUGAUCAGUUCGAUUCACAAGAUCCUAAAGAGUGCAAAGCCAAAAGCUCAUUCUUCAACUGGUGGUAUUUUGGUUUGUGUGUUGGUGCUCUCACAGCUAUCUUGAUCUUGAGCUACAUUCAAGAAAAUCUUAAUUGGGGUCUUGGGUUUGGAAUCCCAUGUAUUGUCAUGGCUUUUGCACUAGUCAUUUUCUUGCUUGGAAGUAUGACUUAUAGGUUUAGCAUUAAAAGGGAUGAGAAAAAUCCCAUUAUGAGAAUUGCUCAAGUAUUUGUAAAUGCAGCUAGAAAUUGGUGUACUACCCCUUCUGCAAUAGCUAUUGAACAGGAAGCGCGAGGAAGCCAAACUCAUCAUGGUUCUCAACAAUUCAAGUUUCUUAACAAAGCCUUGCUUGCACCGGAUGGUUCCGAGGAAGAUGGAAGGGUGUCUAGCACCAGUCAGGUUGAAGAAGCAAAGGCAGUUCUAAGACUGGUUCCCAUAUGGGUUACAAGUUUGGUUUAUGGUAUUGUAUUUGCCCAGUCCUCAACACUCUUUACCAAGCAAGGGGUUACCAUGGACAGAUCAAUUGGACCGAACUUCAAAAUACCAGCUGCUUCACUUCAAUCCUUUAUCGGCUUUUCAAUUGCGGUCUUCAUUCCCAUCUAUGAUCGAAUUUUUGUUCCCAUCGCAAGAGCCAUCACUGGAAAAUCCUCAGGCAUAACAAUGCUCCAAAGAGUGGGAACUGGAAUGUUUAUAUCUGCAAUCUCCAUAGUAAUUGCAGCUCUGGUUGAAAGGAAAAGACUUGAAGCCGCUGAAGAAUAUGGGCUGGUUGAUAAGCCAGAGGAAACUGUCCCGAUCAGCGUCUGGUGGUUGGCACCCCAAUAUCUGUUGUUUGGAAUUGCCGACGUGUUCACCAUUGUUGGUCUGCAAGAAUUUUUCUAUGAUCAGGUGCCAAACGAUUUGAGGAGUGUCGGUCUUGCUCUCUACCUCAGCGUCAUGGGCAUAGGGAGCUUCCUGAGCAGCUUUCUAAUCUCUGUCAUCCAGAGAGCUACCAGUAGAUAUGGUGAAGAUGGUUGGUUUUCGGAUAACUUGAAUCGAGCACAUCUCGAUUACUUCUAUUGGCUUCUCGCUGGAUUGAGUGCAGUGGAAUUUGUUGCCUACUUGUACUUUGCAAAAUCUUACAUAUACAAUCGAGGGAGUAAUGUUUGAAGUUGCUAAAGACCACAAUCAUCCUACUAUAUUGACAGCUAUGAGGUACAUGAUCUGGAAUUGUUCUGAGAAAGGUUUUAGAUCAACUUAAUGUAAAGUAACUACGAAUUUAAAACUUCCACUGCAUUUAUAUCUAAUUUAUGGAAAAUGUUAUUUCUUAA